AUUUGAAAUUACGAAUAAGUGGCGUGCUAGUGUUACGCACGUGUGACAGCGAAAAUUUAAUUCUAUUACAAGAUACUACAUCUCAUUGAAGUGCUUUACGAAAGAUUCAGUUUCUGCAUUGCACAGGGCCAUUUCUGUUGUUCGACAGAAUGAGUCACAUAAAAACAAUAGAAGAUUUAAAAACAUCAGUUGCUGAAUUAGCAAGCCUGAUGGAUGAUACUUUCACAUGCUGCAAGCGGAACUAUGAUGCCUUGCUACCAUACAUUGGGAAAAAGGAAACAAAUUUUAAAAUAUAUCACAAAUUAAUAAAUGUUAAUAUAAUGUUGAACAAGUUAAGUGAAGAACUUGUAGGACUUAGAGUUGAAUAUGUAACUCUGUCAUCGUAUGAACAAAGAAUGGAGAUUGCUCUGUUUGAAGGAGGGAGAAAGAGAAGAAAGUGUGAUGUGCUUGAGUUAGGCAGACAUGAGACCAAAAGUAUAAAAAUGGAAGUGCCAUAUUCUGAUAACACCAAGAGUUGCAUUUCAUUAACUUCAGAGACUGGAAUCAAUAUGCAGUCAAAGAAUUUGGAAUCAGAGGAUACAGAAGAAACCAGACAGUCACCGUUGCCGAAGUUAGACAUACACCGGCCAAAAAACAUAAAAACAGAAAUACAAGAUUCAAAUGAAGUUGAAAAUUUAUUUGUUGUUCCCAUUGGUAAUAAUGAUAUUUCUGCAGAUACUAGAAAUAAUAGAGUGACAGUUUGUUUUGCUGGUGAUGAGGAAAGUGCCUCUGUGGCAGGUAGACUUGUGAGAGACAGUACUUAUGAUAAACCAGGUGAUACAAUUACUCAGAGAGAAAACACUGAAGAGAGUUUCCCAUUCGAAAGUUUGGGAAGUCAGACUAGCAAUCAAGAGAAGUAUGAAGACAUUGGCAGUGUUCUUCAUGAAGAUCAUAGCAUUCACAGAUAUCUUAGAGGAAAAGUUGAUUGUACCACUUCCUUUUCUUACCACUCAAUUCAAUCUUCCAGUGGCGAAGAAUCUCCUGUUGCUUUCACUGCUUGUGAUUCGGAGAUUGAUAGAUCAUUACAAGGGAGAUCAAACACUGGUAACAAAGAAAAGAAAAGAGCUCCGAAUUUUCCUAUCAUAUAUGAAAAUGGUCAGAGUUCAGAGGAAUUGUGUGGUGCAGGUGAUGAACUGUGUGGUAUUGUAAGGCACCAGAAUGGGAGAUUUAAGUGUCCAUUACGCAAUGAUGGACUUGUUAAUUACCAGCCACUGCCUGUUCGUGUGAAAAGAAAGCAGCAUAAAAGGAAACGAAAAAUUUCCAAGAAGAACAGUUGUGCCACAGUUUCUGAAGUUCCAAAUGGUAGCUGUGAAGGUGAAUUUGUUAAUUACCAGGCAGUGCAUGGUCAUUUGAAAGGAAAGGCACACAAAAUCAAACGAAAAACUACCAAGAACAACAGUUGUGCCAGAAUGUCUGAUGUUCCAAAUAACAGCUGUGAAGGUGAACUUGUUAAUUACCAGGCAGUGCAUAGUCUUUCGAAAGGAAAGAUGCAUAAAAUGAAACAAAAAGCUGCCAAGAAGAACAGUUGUGCCAGAAUGUUGGAAGUUCCAAAUAACAGCUGUGAAAGUGAACUUGUUAAUGACCAGGCAGUGCAUAGUCAUUCGAAAGGAAAGAUGCAUAAAAUGAAACGAAAAACGGCCAAGAAGAACAGUUGUGCCAGACUGUCUGAAGUUCCAAAUAAUUGUUGUGAAGAUGAACUUGUUAGUUACCAAGCAAUGAAUGAUCAUGCAAAAGAAAAGAAGGAUAAAAUUAAACGAAAAACUGCCAAAAAGAACAGUUAUGCUAGAGUGUCUGAAGUUCCAAAUAACAGCUGUGGAGGUGAACCUGUUAAUUCCCAGGCAGUGCAGGGCCAUAAAAAACAAAUAAAGCCUAAAAAGAAACGAAUAAUUGCCAAUAACAGUUGUGCCCAAAAGUCUGAAGUUACAAAUAGCACCACACAGUGCAAGGUCAUGUGAAAGAAGAGAAGCAUAAAAAAGAAAGACAGAUACUGCCAAGAAGAACAGUUGUGCCAGAAUCUGUAGUUUGGAAUAACAGCUGUGAAAGUACAGCAUCUGUUUCUGUGUGGCCUGCUAUUUCCUGCUUAUUUACUGACUGUUGUAGAUUACAGGUACCAAACAAUAUCAAUUAGUUGAUGUAUGAAUGUAUGUUCGUGCAUCAUUUCAUGUUAACAAAAAAUUUUUCAGGUUUCAUUUAGGAUAAAUAAUCUCUUCCCUUUGUAAUGAACUGGUAAGAAGAUAAAUACCCAACAUAAAGGACACAUGUUUCUAGGUAGGCUAGGUCAUCUUGAUCAGAAAGGUAUAUUACGAGACGUUGAACUGAAAAAUAAAUCCUGCAGUAACUGUUGGAAAUACCAGUCAGUCUAGAGAACAUUGUUUGCAGUACUCAGUUUAGUUUGAAAAACAAUGUUUUUUGUAGUGUGUGCAACUUUUUCUGUGAAAAUACAGCAGUAUUAAGUCAUAUGAUGUGCAAACUGACUCAAGAAGUUAGAUGAAAUGAUAAAAAUCAAUAUAGAGCCAACAACCGUAACAAUAUGAGAAAAACUGAAAGAUUCAAAGUAAUGUAUGUGUGUACUAUGAACUUAUUUUCAGUGUAAAUAUGUUAUUUCCAUUGACCAUUUGUUAAUGUAGUGUGAUGACCCAAUGUUUUAAGUGUCAAGACAGACAUUGGAUAGCUCCUGAAUAUGAGCCUGUGUCUUGUAGGUUUUUGUGUUAUGUAAAAGACAAUACUCAGAUGAAAAUAUUUUAUAUAAUUUAACUGCAUAUCAGAGAA